CUCCAGCGCCUAAAUGGCGGAAGCGCGUUUUGAGCAUCUCAUCGGCACAGCCAACACUGCCAAGGACACACGCGCAACUCGAGUCCUUGUUUUCCCGACUUCCGACCGAGCUUCGCAACCAAACCUACGCAGAGUACAUCAGUUACGAGGAGAUCUGCCUCUAUCAGAUUGAUAGCCAACUACGUGCAUGUGGUCGCGGACGGCCACGCUAUCGAGCAGUUGGAACAUGGCCUCUAAAACCGCUUUCUCUUCUAGUGACAUGUCAAAAACUAUACUGAAGCGGUACCACUGUCGCACUCAACUCCAACAUUCUAUCUUCAAUCGCAAACGGACUUCUUGUUCUGCUCUGGUUCAAUUCUUCCGCCGCGUGUCAAUCUGCUCCCUGCGGUCGGAUUGGACACAGGAGAAAGUAGCAUCUGCAGUCGCCUUCUCCUCGAAGUGUCUGGAUGUUUCGACUACCAUUUUCUACUACACCCUGCUCACCUUCUUCGUCAGCUCCCCGCGAUCAUCCCUCCAUCACGCGAGAGCGCCUGGCUCUUUUCAUGUAAGAUUAUGUCCACAGUUCCAGACUGGAGAUACCUCAGGGCAUUGGGUUAAGCACCUUCACCCUCACAACGUCAGUGUAAUUACGAGAGUCUCUUGUGUGGCUUGCACUUGCUUCCGAGGCACAGUAUGGACAUGUUUAUACCAUGGACCGGCAUAUAUAUUCAGAAGACUGGCGGAAUGACGAGGAUGAAGUGCGAUGGACGGAGCCGGACGGAUACGAGUUGCUUUGGUGCAGGAAAGACGAUGCAACGCAAAUGUGGAUAUAUGAGUGGAAAAGCGUGAGAUGAGUGCUAGGCUUAGAUU